UUAAACACAUUAUUUACAAUUUUCUCAACUAUGUUUAUAAAUCCCAUAGUAAAAAAACGACUCACAAAGUUUCAGUCUUCUCAAAUGAAUUUUACAUCAGCAAAACCCAAAAGAGUUUUGAUGGGUGGUAGACGGCAAUCAUAUAGUAUGUAGUAAACAAAAGUCAGCUGUUCUUUAUAGCUUAUUUGCAAACGCAGUUCUCAGAAAAUAUAACAAUGUUUAUACUAAGUACCAGAUCGAUAAUAAAGCCGAAAAUCCUUGCUUUUCCAAGCCAGUUAUAUCGUUAUUUGCAAUACAAUCAAGGUCAAUCUCCGGAGCCCAAAAUUCGCGAAUACUUCUACUACAUUGAUCAUGAGGGAAUGCUCUUUCUCGACGAUGCGAAAAUGAAAAACUUUACCAGCUGCUUCAAAGAGAAAGACUUCCUGAGAUUCUUUUUCAGUCGCCUGCGACUGAACAAAACGAAUAGAUACGCAAACGAAUUUCCAUACAUUUCCCUCUGUGGGCGGGAAAGGAAUUUUAUACGGUGCGACGACACGCCUCUUGUGUUUACUGAGCAACUGAGAAAGGACGAUAAAGAGGUGCUCAGCUAUGCGCACUCGGGACAAGUCCUAACCCUGCCCUAUGAACCGCACAAACUGUACAUGGAUCCGCGAAACGGAAGGGUCUAUCACCCAGCCACGCCACAGGUGGGCGGAAUAGGUCUGGUCCGUUCCAAGCUGGCCAUCGAACUCAGUCAGCACUUUGAGAUUCCAACUGGUCAGGCUUCCCCCACUCACUUUCGAUGGAACGGAGAGCGAUUGAAACUGCAGAACGAGUGGGUUAGCGAUACUCAGCGAUUUCCCAUGAACGAGGAGUGUAUAUAAUCGAAUAACUUUAAUGGAUUAAAAUUGAGACAACGUUAGUACUACGUA